CUUCUCCUGUACUGGGGCCUUGACAUUGGGCAGACCACUCCAGGCUGCUGGUUGGGGCUCCUCCUUCCAGUCACGCCGUUCCCCACAAGAGUGGACACUUCCUGGGUGCCAAGUACUCGAAGUCAAUUCAUCUCACCCUCACAACAGCCCAUAAGGCGGGGCCAACACUGUCUCUGGCUGCUUGACUGAAUCUUUCUACAAUGCAUAUUGUAGAAAUCACAUUUCUACACAUAUCACAUCAGAACAUCAUAUUGUACCCCAUAAAUAUCUACGGUUAUGUUGAUUAAAAAUUAAAAGAAUAACUGGGGAGAAGAGAGGAGAGGGAAUGCCGGAUGGUUAAAACCAGCCAAGAUCCCCUGCAGGGGGUGACCCAGAAACCAAAGGUGAGUAGGAGUGGCCCAGUUUGGGAGGGGAGUGGGCCCUCACUGUGAGAUGCCAAGGGGACACUCCUUGGUGAGGUGAAAAGGGGUCGUGCCUCUUCAAAGGGUUCGGAUUUUAUUCCAAGCAGGGGUGGAGGCGGGAUGAUCUGGUUCAUGUUUCAGAGUGUAAACUGGCCACCCCCGCAGGGCUCAAUCACAGAGGCCCCUUCCUGUGGCUCCCCUCCUCUCCUCCCCAGACCUCUCUCCCCUCCCACUUUCCCAUGCACCCUCUCCCCUCCUCCUAUGCGCUCCCUCCUUCCCACUAACCACUUAUCACCUCCACAGCCCUCUCACCUCCGGGCCUCCAGCCUCCUCACCUGGGAGCAGGGCCACAUGAUGGUGGUAAAAAUAACUCCCUUUGACAAAGUGUGAAGGGGGCAGAGGAAGGAGGGAAGCUGAGCCCCAGCGCUAGGAAGGAGCUCUGGGAGGGUUCUGAGCUCUGGGUCACCCUCGCUUACUGGGGACACAGCAGUCACGGGCUCUACCCCCAAGAGUGCACACCCAUUGCCAGCAGCAGUGACUCACACUGGGUGAAGUAGCUCCCAAAGCGGUAAGGACUGGGAGCUGGACUGACUCCCGACACACCCAGUCCCCUCCAAAGCCUGCCACGACCCUCCAGGCUGGGGACGCCCCUGGCCCCUCCCCCAACCCUGCGCUCUGUCCUCAGUUCCCCUGCAUGGUAUCAGCGAUGCUUCUUCACCCCAUCUCCGAGGCCGGGUGUGUUCCAGCCCCAGUCCUCAGGCAUUUCUCUGAGUCCCCCACUCCCGUCGGGGUCCCCAUGGCGGGCACAGCGGCAGCAGGUGGGCGGCCUCCCCGGGUGAGCAUGCAGGAGCACGUGACCAUCGAUGUGAGCCCAGGCCCCAUCCGGCCCGUCCGCCUCAUCUCCCACUACUUCCCCCACUUUUACCCUUUCACGGAGCCUGCCUUGCACCCUCCGGACCUGCACCCCACAGCGGCGUCCACCAUCCACUCUGCACCCCAGCCACAGCCCGACCCAGAGCCAGAGAGAGACUCAGACGACAGCACUGCCCUGGGCACCCUGGAGUUCACACUUCUUUUUGAUGCGGACAACAGUGCCCUGCACUGCACGGCUCAUCGUGCCAAGGGCCUCAAGCUGUUGGCCUCAGGCUCCGUGGACACCUAUGUCAAAGCCAAUCUACUGCCAGGGACCAGCAAGGCCAGCCAGCUUCGGACACGCACCGUUCGGGGCACGAGGGUACCUGUCUGGGAGGAGACACUCACCUAUCACAGCUUCACCCGCCAGGAUGCUGCGCGCAAGACCCUUAGGCUGUGUGUGUGUGAGGACCCAUGGCUGUGGCGACGGCGGCGGGCGCCUCCCCUAGGGGAGCUGCAGGUGCCCCUGAGGAAGCUGGUGCCAAACUGAGCCAGGAGCUUUGACAUCUAUCUGGAGAAGCGGAGGCUGGCCAAGAGGCCCAAGAACCUGGACACAGCCCGCGGCAUGUCCCUCUAUGAGGAGGAGGUAGAGACAGAGGUGGCCUGGGAGGAACGUGGGCGUGUCCUGCUGUCACUGUGCUACAGCUCUCAGCGGGGUGGCUUGCUGGUGGGUGUGCUGCGCUGCGCCCACCUGGCCCCCAUGGAUGCCAAUGGUUACUCGGACCCCUUUGUGCGCCUUUUCCUGCAUCCAAAUGCAGGGAAGAAAUCUAAAUUCAAGACCAGUGUUCGCAGGAAGACCCUGAACCCCGAGUUCAAUGAGGAAUUCUACUCAGGCCCACGGGAGGAGCUGGCCCAGAAGACGCUGCUAGUGUCCGUGUGGGACUACGACCUGGGCACAGCUGAUGACUUCAUUGGCGGGGUGCAGCUGGGCAGCCAUGCCAGUGGGGAGCGCCUGCGGCACUGGCUUGAGUGCCUGGGCCACAGUGACCACCGCCUGGAGCUAUGGCACCCGCUGGACAGCAAGCCUGUUCAGCUCAGCGACUAGCCCAUGGGCCCUGUCUACCGCCCCUCCACUAUAGCUGCUUGAAGCAUCCCCACAAAAAUGAUGGAGGUUGGGGCUGCCUCACCCAUCAUGCCCCCCAGUGCCAAGUCAGAGAGGUGUUUCCUCUCUCCCCACUUUCACAUUCACCCCACCCCAAAUCAUAGAGCCAAAAUAAACAUCUCUCUCA